AGCGGCAGCGGCAGCGGCAGCAGUGGCAGAAAGAACGGCAGGAGCAGCGAUGUUUCCAUGUGUGACGUUUUCAUCGUUAUCAUCGACAAUAUUAAAACUAACAGAAACAACAACAGCAACAACAACAACAACAACAAAAGCAGCAACGGCAGCAGCAGCAGCAGUUACAGCCACAACAAGAACACCAAUUACAACUACUACUACUACUACUACUACUACUACUACAACUACUACUACUAUUACUACAACAUCAGCCGCAACAUAUAACGUGUACAAAAAGAAGCUUUAUCAGUGCAAUUACCACUACUGCUGCUUCCUCUACGGCCAACACCAGCGAAUAUCAUCUCCAGUAGGAUCUUCACUACUAUUAUUACUAGCCCUGAAACAACAACAUCAACAACAACUACUAAUACUACUACUACUACUACUAAUACUACAAAGGCCGCGACUGUUGUCACUACUAAUACUACUACAACUACUGCCACUACUACUACUACUACUACCACUAACACUACCACCACCACCACCGUCGCUGUUAUUCUACUACAGCAACACUUGCAGUUGGCUUUGGGAAAUGUGCAUUACACCAUCUUUCAGAAACUGCUAUUGGUGCAACAACAAAACUGUGCACCCAGACACACUGACGAAGUUCUUGCGCGGAUUUACCUGUCUUUUUGGUUUGCUGCAGCCGACAUAGGAAGCAUCCAGCAUUGCAGAUACUGUGGAUCUCGUGUUUAAUCAGUUAGGAAUAAGAACCAUUCACCUUGCACUCCUUACGAAUGUGUGGAAGUAAAUAUAAAGGAAAACGGACGUACGUUGCAAAGGAAUAUGGCAGAAAGGGAUUGAAAUCUUUGAAGAACAUUACUAGUAUCGAACAGAGAAAUAUGAACGGCAAUCAGAAUAAAAUAUAUACCAACACACAAAGAAACCUACACACACACAUACACACACAAAGAACAUGUUCUAUGAAAAUUCUGCUGGUAUAAAAUAAAUGACCAUCCCAUUCGUAAUGAUUACGAUGAGAGGAAAGAGAAUUAUCACGAUGAAAAUGCUACCACCGACACCGACACCAACACCAACACCAAUAACAACAGUUUUAUUGCAAAUAGAAAGAGCAUCAAUUACAGCAAACAAAACAUAAAACAAUAUGACGACGAAAAAAAUAAUUUAAAUUGUGAUACAAAUAUAGUUAUAUCUUUUACAUUAUCAACACCAUUAACAAUAAUAAAUAUCACAGUAAAAGGCAGAAAAGUGUUUACAUAAAAAAAGAAACAAACAAAAAAAAGAAAAAAAACAGCAAAAUACAAUAUGUUGCUAAGUCUGCUAUACAGUUAUUACCCUUUAUUUUACUACUACAACUACUGUAACUACAGCUAAAUCUACUACUACUACUACUACUACUACUACUACUGCCGCUACUACUUCAUUCGGCACUACUGUAGCUGCUGAUGAAAGUGGUGAUAAAUCCCAGUCAUUUUGGAAAGUGUAUUUCAUCAUUUGGACAUUGUAAAUCUUACAGAGGUGGAGGAGGAGAAAGUAUUCGGGAACAAAUAAUCAGCUAAAUAUAUAUUAACUAAAACCAGAAUAUAUCCAAACUGAGAUACAAAGUGAUGACUGAAGAUUGUACAUAGGAUCUGCCAAAAAUAAUAUGCAAAUAAGAUAACAUUUGAACGAAUCAAUUAUACCAGCCGAGAAGAAGGACCAGUUUGAAGAUAUUGUAAACCAUUCAAACAAAGACAGAGCAGGUCAAUAAAAUAUAUCUACACACCAAAUAAAUAAACAAACAAAAAUAGAUGAUGAAAUGAUACAUUCAGCGAAAGAGAUUUAAAUCUUUGCAGCUAUUGAAGGAUACUAACAGAAUAUAUUUUUGAGAAUUCUACGAAGAUACGAUAUUCUUAACGAAGUUUUACUUCAUUGCAUACAACUGAGCGAUGUCCUGUGGGAAGAAUAUUAAUAUAUAGUUUUUGAUCAUAUAUUUUUUAGCAUCGUCAUCUUUCACUCCUUUUUCACGUCUCAAUUGGAGUUUGAGAUAGAUUCAAUUUCAGUGACUAUAAAUUAGUAUUAGUAUGCUUUAUCCUCUUAUCCCAUACAAUAUAAACAGAAAAAGAAAUCCAGUAGUCUACCAAGACAUCCUCAGUAAUGGUAACUGCAAGCAUAUGUUUCUUUGUUAAAAUUUUUGCAUCACUUACACUUUUUGACAAAGUUUUAUAGAUAAUGAAAGUGAAAUGCUCUCCCCGAUUUGGUGAUAAAAACACAGCAGACUUAAUACGUGUAUUAUGGAAUACUGAGAAACGGGAAAAAUAACAUAUAUAAAUCUUUCUAUAUCUAUCUAUUGAACAACAUUUAUAUGUAUAUAUAUAUUUAUAUAUAUAUAUAUAUAUAUGAACAAAAGUAAAUAUUUAUUAUGAAGUACCUUCAAGUGUCACACCUGGGAACAUUUGUUUGUUCUCCAGGAAUAAUUUUACGCAGAGCCAUGGCGCUGUGUUCAGUAUCGGGUAUUUUUGGUUCAAUUCUAUUACUUUCACUGAGCUUUAGUUUCCCAGAUGAACUCUCUGAACAUCCGCUUCAUUCUUUUGACAAUAACGUACGCAGAAAAUCUACAGGGAAUUCACAUUUUGGUGGCUUGCAUUCAGUAAGGAAAUUUACACGUGUUGCUAUGUCAAGCAACGAUUACGAUGCACGCGCCAAUCAUUUCCAGCAACAGCAUUCAAAUGAAACUAAUUCCACAGUAUUUCAACGUUCACGCCUAAAGAGUGGUGUGUUUCAGCAAAGUAUAAAUUUGCUAGAAAAAGAUGAAGUUAACGUCACAACUGAAGUGGGUAUAGUGCCUAAACACUUUCAACAGUAUAAUAGUGCAUUUCUAGUUGUAAUUGUAUGUAGUCAUCCAGAAAGACUGGAGUACCGCCAAGCAAUACGGGAAACAUGGGGUUCAUCUAGGGGUCAAGAAUUUCAUGUAUUAUUUCUAACUGGUAAACACGAAGAUCCUUACUGGAAUGCAUUGAUGGAUAAAGAAAAUGCUCUCCACGGUGACAUCUUACAAGUGGAUGUCAUUGAUAGUUACAGAAAUUUAUCUUUGAAGGUCAUUGGUGGCCUAUGUUGGAUAACAGACAGUUUCCAAAGUAUCGAUUACGUCAUGAAAACAGACGAUGACGUAUACAUAAAUGUUUGGUAUUUAUUAAAACUUUUGAGAGAAAAAGUAAUAAGUCAACGGCAAAUACUUGGGGCUUUGUCGAUAAUGUCCCCUGUAAAAAGAGACCUGAGGGAUCCGUGGGGUGUGCGAUUCAGUGAGUUUGCCCCAAAGACGUACCCUCCCUAUGUAUCUGGAGGAGCUUACGUCAUGUCACAGAAGGCAGGUAAGAAAUUAUGUGUGGAAAAAUGGAAAAGACAAUCGCCUUUUAUUCAUUUAGAAGACGUUUAUGUAACAGGAAUUUUAGCACAGGCAACUGGCAUAAGCCAUGUGGCACAUCCAGGCUUUUCUUUUUGGACAAGUAAAAAGGCUAAGGCUGCCGAUAUUGCCAACAACAAAAGAGUGUCAAGUGUUAAUAUGACACCCGAUCAAAUUUACAAACUUCACAGACAAUCGAACGCUUUACUUGUAAGUACCACAUCAUCGGUAAAUUCUAAGAAAGUCGAACGCUGAAGGGAGUCAAAAAUUGUGCAUGGCAUAUGUGUAUUGUGUACGCUGCGAUAGGAGGAGUUCGUCGGAAUAAAAAAAAAUGAGAAUAAUAGAAAUAAAUAAAUUGAAUCAUAAUUGAUCACCUAAGAGCAAAAUGACUUAGAGGUGAAAAAGCUGUAGCCAGCCGGAGAAGGCAAAGAAGAACGUUAAAUGAAAUAUGAAAAAAAA